AUGGCUUCCUCCAAGCCUCUGUCUCGCUUCUGGGAAUGGGGCAAGAAUAUCGUGUGCGUGGGGAGGAACUACGCAGACCACGUCAAGGAGAUGCGCAGCGCGGUGCUAAGCGAGCCUGUGCUUUUCUUGAAGCCGUCCACCGCGUACGCUCCCGAGGGCUCACCGGUGUUAAUGCCCGCCUACUGCCAGAACCUGCACCACGAGGUGGAGUUGGGAGUGCUCUUAGGCAGGCGUGCUCAAGCCGUCCCCGAGGCUGCCGCCAUGGACUACGUGGCCGGCUACGCCCUGUGCCUGGACAUGACUGCCAGAGAUGUGCAGGAAGAGUGCAAGAAGAAGGGACUUCCCUGGACCCUGGCCAAGAGCUUCACGGCCUCCUGCCCUGUCAGCGCCUUCGUGCCCAAGGAGAAGGUCCCUGACCCUCAUGCCCUAAGACUGUGGCUCAAGGUCAACGGUGAACUCAGGCAGGAGGGCAAAACAUCGUCUAUGAUCUUUUCCAUCCCCUACAUCAUUAGCUACGUUUCCAAGAUAGUAACCUUGGAAGAAGGAGAUCUUAUAUUGACCGGGACUCCAAAGGGGGUUGGGCCAGUUAAAGAAAAUGAUGAGAUCGAGGCUGGAAUAGAUGGGGUGGUUAGUAUGAAGUUCAAGGUGAAAAAGUCAGAAUACUGAGUUGUUCUUAACGAGUGUCAAAGGAGAAAGGAGACAUAAGCAAGUGAAGUAACUAAAUGUCAAUCUUAAUGAAAAUUUAAAAUGAGUCCGUAAAAAUAAGUAACGUGAUUUUAAAAAUUGGGGCAGAAAGAGAAUAACCAAACUAAAGAAUAUUUAAUGCUUCCCAAGAGGAGAUGUGUUAAGACUUACGUAAAUCGUCUAUAAUUCCAUUAAUGAUGUUACCCUUUAGGAAAGCUGUUUAUACACUCCAGUUGGUUCUUACUAGGGAAAGCUCUUCAUCCCAAAAUCAGAUAAAAGUUUUGUUAAGCGAGCAAUUGGUAAAGUUCUGCCUUGUUUACUUGGAAUGUAUAUAUUGGACUGUGACUUCUGAGUUUGGGAGGUAAUUUUGAAAUUGUUUUCCAAAUAAACACGUUUCUUACGUGA